UUCUUCAGAUCUGUACUUGAGCGCGACGGUGCUGGUGUGAAUUUUGCUUGCGUUCGUCGGAAGCCAAUUCAAAAUCUGGUGGAAUUUUAUCUCCUGGACCAAACUUGGUAGUUUGUUUAAAAGUGUUUUGUAAAAUUCGGAAAAAUAGUUUACGUUUUCAACAGUGAAAAUAUUGAUUUUCGUUCGUUUGAGGCCAUUAAGGAAGCGCGGUGGCAGACAGAAAAUACAAUAAACGAAGGAUAACAAGAAGAAGCAGCCCGGCAGUGUAUUUUUGUGCGGUGGCCCGACGACGGUUUUAGUUUGAGAUAGUAUUUGUGUGUAAAGUGGAGGAAACAGUGUUCAGUGGCACGAAGAAAACAUAAUUUGAAAUGUCCCAGAAAACGAAGAGAUCCGGCGUUUCGACGCCCGUCCCGGUGACGGCCAGCACCCCAGUUCAGGGAGGUUCCUCCGGCAUUGGAGCGCGCCCCGCUAGCCCACUGAGCCCCACCCGGCUCACCCGGAUGCAGGAGAAGGUUGAUCUGAUGAACCUGAAUGACCGGCUGGCCUGCUACAUCGACCGGGUGCGCUUCCUCGAGCAGGAAAAUUCCCGCCUAACAAUGGAGGUACGCACCUCGCAGGAAACCGUCACCCGGGAGGUCUCCAACAUCAAGCAGAUGUACGACCACGAGCUGAACGAUGCUCGCAAACUGCUGGACGAGACGGCCCGCGAGAAGGCUAAACUCGAGAUCGACGCCAAGCGGAUAUGGGAGGAGAACGAGGACCUCAAAAAAAGAUUCGAUCGUAAGGCAAAGGAAGCCGCCGAUUACGAACGCAAUGCCCGUGCCCAGGAAUCCCGCGCCAAUGAGCUGGCGGCCAAGUAUGGCACUGCAUUGUCUGAACGUAAGAAAGCCCAGGACGAGCUGAAGGAGCUGGAAAAGGAAGUGGCCCGUCUGAAGAAACAGGUCGAAACACUGCGAAAGAACCUGGAGGAGGAAACACUGGCCCGAGUCGAUCUGGAAAAUGCCGUCCAGAGUUUGCGCGAGGAGCUCACCUUCAAGGAUCAGAUUCACCAGCAGGAACUCACCGAAACCAAAUCCCGCCGACAGGUCGAGAUCAGCGAAAUCGAUGGUAUGCUGUCGGAGCAGUACGAAGCCAAACUGCAGCAGACGCUACAGGAGCUACGCGAUCAGUAUGAUGGACAGAUGCGCGCCAAUCGGGAUGAGAUUUCCGGAUUGUAUGAAUCUCGUCUGCGCGAUUUGGAGCUACAAAUGAGCGCCGAACGGAUGCGCCAUGCCGAAGAAAAGAGUAAACUGCAGGACGAGAUCGAGCGGCUGCGAAACCAGAUCUCACAACAACUCCAGGAGUACCAAGAUCUGAUGGACAUCAAAAUCACACUGGAUAUGGAAAUUGCCGCAUACGACAAACUGCUUUCCUCCGAAGAAGUCCGUCUCAAUAUCACCCCCGGAAGCCAGACUACUAUCUUCCAAACAUCGUCCAGCAGUUCCAGUGGAGUACGAUCUGGGGCACUGCGUCGUACACCGCAGCGUGCUGCUGCCAAGCGUAAGCGCACCAUGCUGGAGGAAUCAGAUGAGCGCAGUGUGUCGGACUUCUCGGUCACUUCGUCUGCCAAGGGAGACAUCGAGAUCUCCGAAGUAGAUUCGGAGGGUAAGUUCGUCAAGCUGCACAACAAAUCAGCUAAGGAAGCUCAACUUGGAGGCUGGACGUUAAUUCGCAAAGUCGGAACCAACGAAACCGUUUUCAAGUUCCACCGAUCGCUGAAGGUCGAUGGUGGUUCUUUCGUCACUGUGUGGUCUUCGGAUCUGGGGCACACUCAUGAACCACCGAGCACAAUAGUUAUGAAGGGCCAGAAGUGGUUUGCCGGAGAUAAUAUGACCACUCAGCUGCUGAACGGUGAAGGAGAGGAAGUAGCAGCGUCGGAACGUGUGAAGCGUGUCUUAUCCACUGCCGCGUCACGUCAUCGGGAGUACCUCGGUUCUUACAGCGGAGAAGAGCUGUAUCAUCAACAGGGGGAACCUAAAGGCGAAGAAAAGUGUCGUAUCAUGUGAAACUAAGGCGGAGUGCAUGUGCCCAAAAUUCGCCUUUUAGCAAGGUAGUAGAAUCGCGUAGUUCACAAACCUACACAAAACGGACGGUCUGCUGUGUCAUGCUCUGUUCUGUUACCCUAAUCGUCGGGUUCAAAAGAGAGAGAGAGAUGGACUAAUGUGGACAAAUAGAUGUAGGAAUAAGAGAAAGAUAAACCCAAACUACUUCAAAAACCAUGCAAACGAAAUUCACCACAACUUGAAACUGGUAGAAGUAGUUCAUAAUUCUAGUAUUUGGUUAGAAAAGCAGUUCACAAGACGAAACUACUUAACAAACGAAUGUUGUCCUAUGGAAGAAAAAACGGAAGCAGCACAAUUACUAAUAUCUUACUGUUAGUACUAAAUAACUUAUCUGGAAAUAUCUUGCAAUGUUUAAUUGGAUCUUGUAAAACCGGUCACUUAUAAUAGCAUUUACAAAAUAAUAUCGAAUCAAUAAGUAAAAAUGCCAUAAAUUGUAAAGAGCAAGGAGGACAAAAAGUUUAUUUUUUCUUUAAGUUUAUCCAAUUUCGGUUUGCCGAAGAAUAGAAUAAAGGAGAACAUCAAUGUUGAUGUACUAAUCCUGUUCGGUGGCUAUUUAUGCUUUACCAUUAAAAACUUAUUUUUUGUCAGUGUAUCGUCCGUAUGUAGCUUAUCUAUUUAUGAUUGUUUCCAGCGUUCCAUAGUGGAACUCAAAAGAGAAAAAAGUAGCGUGUGUCUUUGAAGAAACGCGCGUUUGUUGCCUUUGUGACCAUCCUACGAUAACUACACAACACCAGUUAACUAAUGUUUAAAAAGAACAAACAGAAACUGCAUUUUUUAUUUUUUUGCCGGUUUUCUUUUUGCUAUUCAAAAGAGGAUAGGUAAAAGAGAUAUAUAUUUUUAAUACUAAGGAUAAAAACUAUUCAAUCGUUUAGCUUCCGAAUAAUUGUACCAUCAAAUGUGUGUUGUUUUAGAAUAACUCUAACAUCUACCGUUUAGUUCGUAAAAGAAGAAUAACCACAUAGAAAUCAUGAUUCGUCUAUCAAUUACCCAAUGAUAAUUUUCCAUUUUUAAAUAUUUGGUAGAAAGGUUUUCUAAAGAUCGAAUAGAUUAACACAAACUGAUACAUUUAUUUCUGUUGUCCUAUAUUUUCGUACCGUCAUAAAUGCGAGUCAUGCAAACAUUAAAAAAAGAAUUUUAAAUAAAUAUAAACGCCCAAAAACAAA